AUGGGCUCCCAAGGAGCGGUGGUUGCGGCUAACAGCGGCCGCGGUGACAGGAUCGACGGAAUGGAUACCGAGGGAUACGAAGUGGUUUUGCCUACUCUGCCAUCAGGUCGUAGUGUUUUGAAUACUUUAUUUUUGCACGCGGAUGUCCGGUCGAGGCCUUACCGAGUCGAACAUUUCCGGGACACGUUGGCGCGUCUUGGUUUGCUCCCCGAAGUGGUAGCGUUGGGGGCAUAUCAGAUGAGCCACGUAUGGGCUGUGACUUUCAAGAGCGCGGAAGGGAUAAAGAAAGCUUUGGCAUGUGGCGAAAUGAAGGUGAAGGGCCAACGUUGUUUGGUUAUUGAUCCGGCAAACCAGGACGUGCGUCUGAAGCUUCACUGGCUUCUUUUCAAUGUGGCUGACGAUGAUGUGCGUGUAGCGCUUGCUCCGUUCGGAAAGGUCACCGAGGUCUCGAAGGAAAAGUGGAGAGUUCCAGGUAUCCAAGACAAGGGGUCGACGACACGCCUCGUGCGCCUCAAGCUCCAUAACGGCAUUAAGGUUGAUGACCUUCCACACCAGCUUCGCAUAGCCGGUGACAUGGCCCUUCUAGUCGCUCCCGGUAGAGCGCCACUGUGCCUGCGGUGUCACAGUAAGGGCCAUAUCAGACGAGAAUGCCGAGUUCCUCGCUGCACGCACUGCCGUCGUUUUGGACACGAAGAAUCUCAGUGCGUGAAGACGUACGCAAGUGUUGCGGGGCCGGUUGGUGGAGAAGACACUGCGGAACUCGUCAUGGACGAGGCUGACGCUGAAGAAGCCGCAAGCGAAGCAACGUCGAAGCUCGAGGAACUUGAUGCGGCAACGUUAACCCCGCCCGACAUGCCCCAAGACGCGAGUGUUAACAAGGAAAGCCGAAAGCUGACCGACGCAGCUGGCGACGCCACCGGCGUCGUGAAAGUGCAGGACGCCUCAACGCCGUCGAAGUCACCUGAGGAGCCAGCAGUCAUGGAAGUAAGCGAGGGAACAAGCGGAGCCUCAGUCUCCAAGCGCGGCCACGACGCUACGCUGGACGAGCAUGAGGCCCUGGCUGCAAGGAUCUCGGAAGGACCACCGCCAAAGGCGGCGAGCAUUCGGCGGUCAACGCUGAGGGCGCGUCCGAACAUACCUCCGGACCGGAGGGCGGCGGAGACGCCGCCGACGUAGCCGCGAGAGCGUGUGCUUCGCGGCGUCUCUUCUAGUCUACGCAGUGACCAAGCCAACCUCAAGGGACGAUGGAACGCAAUGACAGGGACAUCAACUGUGCCUUCCUAAGGCUGCCAUGGCAGCUGCGGAAGGUUUGUGCAAAAGGCGAAAGCAGCUUUGGCCACAGAUGCAUGAAGUGGGUACCAUGCGGUUCGUUUGUCCUUCAAAAAACAUAACAAUGGCUCAAAACACUGCACUUCGUUUUGCUACUAUAAAUGUCCGCGGUCUUUGUGCCAAAAAGCGGCAAUACCAGCUUAGCCGGCUUUUUUUAGAAACAGAUGUUGAUAUAGCAGCGGUGCAGGAGACGAAGAUAGAAAGUGAGGAACAAACGGAUCGCAUGGUGCUGCAUUUUCGCAAUAGAUAUAAUGUUUGUGUAUCACAUGCUGUUGGGACUUCCGCGGGGUGCGCUAUCUUCAUUAGAAACAACCUGGGAAUUAGAGAAGAAGGGGUCUUUUCUUGUGAAAGUGGAAGACUGGUUUUUGUGGAUUUUUCCUUUUUGGGUGUAGGAUGUCGCGUGAUAUGUGUCUACGCCCCAAAACACUGAAAGUGAGCGUGUGCCUUUCUUUAAAACAGUAAAUCAGCAUUUACAGUGUGACAGGAAAGUCGUAUUGCUAGGAGAUUUUAAUUGUGUAUGUUACGCGGCCGAUCGAGUGAAAAACCUUCCAGUGCGUGACAAAAGUGCUUUACUUUUAAACGCACUAGUUCAAGAAUCUAAUCUGGAUGACGUCGGUAAUUUCCUGUGUACUACCGGCACGCCUGCAUUCACACAUUUUCAAGGGCAAAGUCAUGCAAGGCUAGAUAGAGGGUACGUCGCACUGGAGCUUGUUCCGAUGUGUGGCAGCUAUAGUGUGCAACACGUCUCGUUCAGCGAUCACAGCCUUGUAACUUUUAGUGUAGGUACCAAAGAAAGAAAAUCGAAGUUUAACUGGAAGUUGUGGAAGUUCAACGAUGGGCUGUUAAUGAACGAAUCCUUUUGCGAAAGCGUGAAGCAAAAGUUAGAUAAUUUGAUCGAAGCCGAAGAUGGCAACGUGCUAGAAUUAUGGGAGAACUUUAAACAAGGAGUCAAGAUCAGUGCUAUAGAAGAAUCCAGUAAAGAGAAAUUUAUCAAAAGGAAAAAAGAAAAUGAAAUGCAACGUGAGCUUGAUUUUUUGUACACCGUGGAAAGCGAGAGACCCGGGAGCCGAACAAAGGAGAUAAGAGAACUGAAAAGCCAGCUUGAGCUUAUCGAAGAAGAGAAGUUCAAAGGAGCAGUUAUAAGGGCACGAGCUGAAAGGGCUUGGCUAGGUGAGACACCGACUAAACGAGCCUUAUCUGACGAAAAGGCAUACGCGAGGCGAAAUGAAAUCAGAAUGAUUCAAUACGAGAACGAGAUCACGAGCCAACCUCAAAAAAUUGAAGAGGCGUUUCUUGAUCAUUAUAGCAAAUUAUUCGGGACUGUUAAAGACGUCACAGAAGAAUUCAAGACGGACUUUUUGUCAAACAUGCCGCAAUUAGAGGAAGACAUUCAAAAGCGUCUGGAGUGGCCUCUGAGCAUCACCGAAGUGGAAGGAGCCAUAGAUGAUUUAGUUGUAGGCAAGUCUCCGGGACCUGAUGGACUCGGAGCGGCCUUUUAUAAAGCCUUCAAAAGUGAUGUCAGUGAGAUCCUGUUACGGUUGUUUAAGGAGGCCUAUGCGCAAAAACAGGUUCCCCCUUCUUUUCGGACAUCGCACGUAGUCCUGAUACCGAAAUCAGAGGACCCAGAAAAAUUGUUAGCUGUUGACGCUUACCGGCCGAUAUCGCUAAUGAAUGUAGACUAUAAGAUAUUUACAAGAGUGCUGGGAAAGCGUUUACAGGGAGUGGUGACCAGAAUAGUAGGGUCGCAUCAAACUUGCGGCAUUAAAGGAAGGUCUAUCUACACAAACAUUCAUAUUGCCAGAAGCAUUUUAGAAUACUGUAAUGACCUAGGUGAACACUGUGCCAUGUUACGGUUAGAUAUGCAGAAGGCUUUCGACCGUGUGGCCUAUAAAAUUCUUUUCAGCAUUCUAGAACACAUAAAGGUGGGGGAUUUGAUCUUGGAUGGGGUAAAGAUGUGCUAUCAAGACUGUACCGCCAGCCUCAUUAUAAACAAGGAGGUUACCAAAACCUUUAGUGUCCGCUCAUCUGUGCGCCAGGGGUGUGGUUUGUCGCCUCUUUUAUUCGCGAUUUACCUAGAGCCGCUUUGUAGGAAAAUCAAGAAUGACAAUAGAAUAUCGGGUUUCAGAGUGCAGUCCGCGGAAGUGAAAGUGCUGACAUACGCGGACGACAUCGCGUUGUUUUGUCGGGAUAAAGAAAGCAUCGAAAUCGCGGUCGCAGAGGCUUUGUCAUACUGCAGAAUGACAGGCAGUGCUAUCAACUUUGAUAAAUCCCUAGGGGUAUGGAUCGGCAACUGGGAAGACCAUCCGAGUACGUUUGCAAAUAUCCGCUGGACAGUCACGCCGGCAAAGUACCUGGGGGUGCCGCUUGAGCACUACCGUGACGCCGUUGAUUACUGGAAUGCCGAAACUGAAAGGGUUCGUGAAGGUACACUUAAAUGGGGAGGCCGCAAUUUCUCUAUGUUUGCUCGUGCGACAGUGUGCAACCUGUUUGCCGUUGGAUGGAUGGAUGGAUGCGAAACUUUAAUCAAGGUCCUGAGGUACGCGACUCAGCGCGCUGCGGGCCGCUCCCACGUUGGGACAGCCAGGCCUUGCCCGACCGCCGCAUCGUGGGCCCUCUGGACAGCCCAUAGUUGCACCCCGGCAUCAGGGCUCUUGAUAGCGGAGAGCCACUUGUCUUCAUGGAUUUCUUCUGUGCCUCGUAACGAGGGGCAACGCCAGAGCAUAUGAUCUAGGCUAGCGAUGUCAUUGCAAUGCCUGCAAGAACUAGUGGCAUAGGUGUCGGGAUAAAUUGCCAAAAUUUUUUACGUGCUCCAAGCGUUGUGCAUGUCAAGGGCUAACAUACAACGUUUACACAGAGUACUCGCAGUGUUUGUAUGGGGUUCAAGCUGGGAACGCACCAGUCGCACUAAUCUCUUUCGUUCGGUUAAAAAUGGAGGAUUAGGUCUGGCACAUUUGUUCAUUAGGCAGAUUGUGUCGCGGUUUGUUUUCUUACGGGACCAAAAUGACCCAUUUUUAUUAACUAUGUUUCAAACAAGGCUGAGCGAAGCUAUACCUGAGUUUAUUGUGUCGUCACAUCGGUGCAGUCAAGGCAGAGCGCGUGGUUUCCUAAAAGAGGUAGUCUUGGCGUUUCAGCUGUUAAAGGUUCGGUUCUCCAUGGAAUACCUAAGUAGGGUACCACGAAAGCGCUUAUAUAAGGACCUGGUAGACACAAUGUUGCCGGUGCCAUUGUAUCGCUCGAUGUUCUGCAUUGGACCUGAAAAGGACGUACUAAAAAGAGUAAAACGAAUGCCAGUACGCCCGUCGGUAAAGUCCUUCUUUUUCCAGCUCCACACCAAUACUUUACCUGUGAAACCGUGGCUAGAUGAAAAAGGUCUUUCCGUGCCUUGGAGCGUCAACUGUUUACUAUGCCGGAAACCCGAAACAAUAGAACACAUUUUUCUUGACUGCUGGGAUGCUGUGUUCCAUUGGGACAUAUUACAGAGAACACUAAAGAAGGACUUGCCGAUUACACCAUAUGGGAUUCGUUUCUUGCCUACUCUAAAUGAAGACAAAGUACCCUAUGACAUGUUCAUGCUGGUGUCCUUACAUAGUUUAUGGAAAACUAGAAUGGCCGUGAGACAUGCCGAAGUGAAUGCCCGGCCUGUUAGAGAAUACUUCAUUGAAAGCAUUUGUCAUAUUAAGGAAAUGUAUAAUUUGCAAAAAGAAAAACCAAAAUGGCUCAGUGUGAUGACUGAGCUAGCGAAUUUUAAGCGAUUUUAGCCCUGUGACUGCCAACCAAUGGCAGAGACGUUGUCGCGACCAUUGUCUAUUGUUAAAAUGUCUUGUUUUGUAGCCUUGUUGCCAUGUCGGUAAUAAAGAAAAAAAAUA